AUGUUGUCCAAAACGUUUUCACCCGGCAUUGCCUUUAUUACUGGCGGGGCACGUGGAUUAGGAAGUGCUGUUGCAGCCUCAUUCGCUAAGGCAGGUGCUAGAGGCAUUGCCCUUGUGGAUAUUCAAUCUCAAGAAGUUUUCGCUGAAGCAGCAAAAGAGGUGGAGAGUCACGGUGCAGAAUGUCUGACGAUUAGUGCCGAUGUAACUAAGGAAGAGGAAGUAAAGAAUGCGAUCUCACAGGCCGUGGCCAAGUUUGGGCGGAUUGACUAUGCAGCGAAUUUUGCUGGCAUUGGUGGCUCCAGGGCUCCGAUUGCAGACGGUGAUGUGGAAAACUUCAAGCAGGUCAUAGAAGUCAACGUGGUUGGCACAUUCCUCUGCACGAAAUAUCAAAUGAAGCAGAUGCAAUUACAGGAGUCCAUCAUAGUGGAAGCAGGAAGAAUUCCCCAGCGCGGUUCGAUCGUAAACUGUGCUUCAGUAAAUUCAAUUGUGGCAUCCGCUUACUCUGCCGCAUAUACGACCUCAAAGCAUGCAGUGGCUGGACUGACCAAAGUGGCUGCACUAGAGGGUCGCAAAACCGACAUCCGGGUGAAUGCUAUUUCUCCAGGCUUCAUUUACACUAAGCUCAUUGAAAUUGGACUGGCAUCUAAAGGGGAAUCAGCGGCGGCCAAAUGGAAGGAGUUCGAAAAUCGGCAGGGGCGAGUCGCCGCAGUUGAGGAAAUUGGAGAUGCAGUAGUCCUGAUGAGCUCACCGGCAAUGAGUCUUUUGAACGCUCAUAAUUUAAUGGUUGACAACCACUGUAUUGAUGAUGCAUUUCUGGACAUGGAGCUGUGCAAAGAGCUACCUGAAUAUACACGGAAACUUACUUUGCUAUGGCAAAAGCACAAGAAAGCAGUGUACCGGCACUGGGAAGGAUUGCUGCCUACUAUGCUGCAUGGCGACUCCCACCUUGGCAACGUGCUUGAAUACCCAGGCGGCACAGCGGAAUGCUUUGAUUGGCAAUGUGUGUUACGAGGCAACGGCUAUCGUGACCUGGCGUAUUUCGUGAUAACGGCUCUCAGCCUUGAAGAUCGCCGGGCCCAUGAAAGGCUCAUCUUCGAAACUUACACCGAUACCAUGAAACAAAAUGGCAUUGAUGUGUACCAGGAGCGGGCCUGGAAGGACUGCUGCCUGUUUGCUUUGGACAGCCUGGACGCUACCAUAGCAUCCUUCACCAAUUGUUUGUACGGACACUCAAUCAAAGUCUUUAAGGAUCAGCUUCAGACCUUUUCAGAUGCAGCCCAGGAGAAUGACAUAAUCUCGCUACUUUUGAAUAUUGUACAGAACGACAAGGCACAAAACAGCUAG